CUGCCGAAAGUGCUUUACUACAUCUUACUAGCAUGAAGGGACUGGCUGUCUUGCCACUGCUGUGUGUCGCUUCGUUCGGUGUGCGCACGGUGUGUUCGAAGUUGCUGUACAAAAACGUGGAAACGUUCGAUUUUGGGAACGAGCUGGAGAAUCGUGACGGCGAACAGGGAAAGUCACGUGCAAAUCGUACCCAGGAACGCAUCAAUCUAACUGUACCAGGAACUAAAUGGUGUGGACCGGGUAAUACGGCCAGCGAUUAUGAGGAUCUUGGAUCGAACUCGGAAGUGGACAAAUGCUGCCGCGAUCACGAUCAUUGCGAUAAUAUACCGGCUGGAGAAUCGAAAUAUGGACUAAAGAACAACGAUUACUUCACAAGAUUGCACUGCAAGUGUGAUCGCGACUUCCAGAACUGUCUGCGACGUGUCAAUACGACCUUCUCCAAUAAGCUGGGCAACUUUUACUUCACCGUGCGUGAUCAGUGCUACAAAAAGCAACACCCAAUAGUGGACUGUGCCGAGCAUACGAACAAAAUUUUCCUUCGACGCUGCGUGCGGUACGUGCUGGACACCUCGCGCAGUGAUAUGUGGCAAUGGUUCGAUCUUCCGUUCUACGAUGACAACGUGUUGGAUGGGUUUUAAGGAAUGGGCUGUGAAGUGGAGAGUAAUUGGAAGACCUUUUAUUAAUCGAAUAGGACAUCCAGCCUGUAUCACAUAGCUCUCACACACACACACAUAGCUCGUUCUAUUCUUACGCUGGGACGGAAAUGCACCACAAAUUACCACAAAUUUCGUUAGAUCUCGUAGCUAGCCGCUUGUAGGGGUAGAAGAAUUCAAAGGAUUGAAUAAACAUUGUAUAAAUAAACCUUCCUCAGGCUUCAUUCGUUGACUAGAAA